UUUUUUUUAUUUUAAUAAAUUAAAAAUGGCCAAAAAGGGAAGUAAAAAAUUUAAAGAACCAUCAAAACCUUUAACAAGAAAUACAAGCAGUGAAAGGCGUAAAAGAGAAGCUGCUGCAAAUGGUGGGAGAAAAGAUGGAAGGAUAUGCUGUUCUUCACUUAGAACAGCUGGUUUUGUAGUUGCUUUUGUAGAGUUUCUUCUGUGUAUUUUAACAGUUUAUGGAUUAUUCUAUAAUUUGUUUAUGUUUGGAGGUUCUUAUGUAAUUUGGUUUAUUUUGGGGAUUAUUUCUGUUAUAAUAAUAUUAAUUGCUAUUAUAUUAUUAAUUUACGCUAUAAAGAAGGAAAGCUCUAGAUUUUUAAUUCCACACAUUUCUGCACAGAUAUUUUUAAUAGGAUGGCUUAUAAUUGUAGCAAUUGUAGUUGCUCUUUUACUUCUUUUUGGUGCUUAUAAUGGAAUUAGACGUUUAGUUGGACAUGGGGAUUAUAAAAGAAAUUAUUCAACUCAUUGGCUUGGAAUAAUGAUUAUUAUUGUUUAUUUGGCUAUUGCUAUUCUUGAAAUAUUCUUUUUAUAUAUUGUUUGGCAAUUAUAUAAGUAA